AUCAGUUUUCAUAUAGCUUUUGCAUUGGAAACACCUUACCCUCGGGAAAUUUUCCACUUUUUGGUUUGACAAGUUCAAAGGUUUAACGAAGGAAGUGAACGUGUCAGUGAAUCAAUAAAAGCUUUGCUAGAACAUCUGCUUGUCAUCGACCCAGUUAUUCAUUCCGAGCACUAUUAGAUCAGAAGAUAGUCCAAGAAUACUAGGAGGCAGAACACAGUGUGAAUAAAGCAAGAAGAAAAGCAUUUGACGUCAGCAAUACCAUUUGAUCGGCAGAAUCGUACGAUUUCAUUUAAUGUCAGUCGAAGCGGAAAGUUUAUCGUCAUCGAAAGAGUUGAAGAUUAUCAUCAAGCGUUCGGACUUGCAUAUCAAAGGAAUUUAAUGAAUCCUGGCAGACGCAUUCCCUAGAGCAGUCGCCAAGCAGAGGUCAAAAUUGCGCCGAUAAGCAGUUUGCGCAGCUACAGGACGGUGCAGAUUGAACCUCGAUCCGGAAGUGUGGGAAAGUGCGGCAAAAUUACGUCCGCUUACGGUCCGAUACUCGGCCAUAUGUUGAGCUAUAAUCAAAAAGUGAACUUAUCGGAAUUGAUGCUGCUUAAUGUGCUCAUAAAACACCUUAUAAACUCAAACAUUACAUAACGUACAGCCAACGUGCUAGAACUCACCUUUCCUGCAAGACUCGUAUCGAAGGAGUUUGAAAGUUUUUGCUCCAAAAAAGCGCGCUUAGCCCGAGCGAAGAAGCUAUUGAACGGAAAUCGUAUCAAAUCUGCUUUAUCAAACAGCGGUGGUCAAUAGUCAACCAGUUGAUUGACCAGGAAGUUUUAGCCAGCUCGAGAAAGAAAUUUAUUGCUACUCUGCAGCAGUAGUGUGUUGAACACAUUUCCAAUAGGAAUGAUGCACUUAAAGAUCCUUUAUCUGGCGCUUGCGCUUACCGCGCUAGCACCACAGAUCAACGGCCGGGCGGUGGACCUUGACCAGGACAAUUCAUUGUCUGCGUCAUCCUCAUCGUCAUCCUCGUCGUCGUCGGCUUCCGCGUCACGAGUGUCGAGGCCAAACUUUGUGAAAAUCACCUCGCAGCCCCCGGCCCAGGUCACCCAGAUUCGUGGAACCACGAUCGAGCUCGAAUGCGAAGUGAUGGGCUCGCCAACACCGUACGUCCAGUGGGUCCAUGGCAGCGGCCAAACAGCCGAUUGGGAAGAUAUGAGCAUGAACGUCAUUAGCGAAACCAGCCCGACCACAAUGGCACGUGUGGUUUCUCGUUUGGUGUUGGACCACUCUACGCAUACCGCCGAGAGCACAUACACCUGCAUUGGCCGCUCGGGAGGACAGAUUGCAGUCGCGUCUACCACAGUUUACCACGUCGAUGGACCUCGUUCUAACUUUACCGAUAUUCUCAAAACCGGUCACCAUAUGUUUAUGCAUUUAAAGCAAGCUCGCGUUACCCUGCACUACAAAGCCCUAUUUGAAUACAUGGGAUCGACGGUCAUUCUUCCGUGCAAAACCGUUGGUCGACCCCUUCCCGAAGUCACGUGGAAGAACGAGGAAGGAAACGUGAUCAGCAGCAUGCAAGAUCCGCGCUUCCGAACACUGGCCACGGGAGAACUGGUCAUCAACAACCUGAGGUGGGCCGAUAUGGGAUCGUACACUUGUGUCGCUAAGAAUGCCAUCUCCAAGGAUGAGGCGGAAACGUUCCUGUAUCCCAUCCGACCGAACUAAGGCCAAGCAGUAAAGAUUUUAAGAACUACCAAUGGACACAAAAUGACCUAACCAUAGUUACUAUUUUGCACUAACCUCACUUAUGCCAUUCACUUAACUUAUUAAAACUAGAUGAUAUCAAACCGAUAACAAAGUAAUUUAUUUAAAAUUAUCAUUAAAGUAUUCCAUGUAAACGCAUAUUAGUUACUAUCUCUGACAUUAGGAAGUAAGUUAUUUUUAAAAUAAAUACACAAAACGGAUACAUUCAAUCUCAUAAACGCGCUGGUAUUCAAUGUAAAUAGAUUUCCCAUAAAUUAGCAUUGGGCUGUGUCUUAGUUUCAGCGAUACACGGGUGUCUCACCUCUUUAUUAUCAAAAUAAAGUGUUUAUAAUUAUUCAA